AUGAGUGGAGGAAACAUCAAAGUUGUAGUACGGUGUCGUCCCUUAAACAGCAGAGAAAUUGCUCGUGGAGCGGUCGGCUUAAUUCGUAUGGAGGGUAACCAAACUAUUAUCAGUAGACCUUCUGACCAGAAAACAGGCAAAGAAAAUGAGGAUGUGAAAGCAUUUACUUUCGAUAAAUCUUACUGGUCUGCAGAUAAAAGCCAUCCCAGCUACGCUGAUCAGGAAACAAUAUACAAUGAUCUUGGUGUAGACUUGUUAAACCAUGCUUUUGAUGGUUAUAAUUGUUGUAUCUUUGCAUACGGUCAAACCGGUUCUGGUAAAUCAUACUCUAUGAUGGGUUAUGGAGAAGAUAAAGGCAUUAUACCUCGUACAUGUUCUGAACUCUUCAAUAGAAUACAAGCAAAUCAAAAAACUAACCUCAAUUAUCGUGUGGAAGUUUCCUACAUUGAGAUUUACAACGAGAAAGUACGAGACUUGUUAAAUCCGAAAAAUAAAGGCAACCUGAAAGUAAGAGAGCAUCCUUCUUUAGGUCCUUACGUAGAAGAUUUAUCUCGAUUGGUUGUGACAUCUUUUGAUGAUAUUGAACACCUUAUGGACGAAGGAAAUAAAGCAAGAACGGUUGCAGCAACAAAUAUGAAUGAAACUUCAUCCAGAUCUCAUGCAGUUUUCACAGUUUUUUUAACCCAGAAAUGCUUAGACGAUCUAACGAAUCUUGAAACGGAGAAAGUAGCAAGAAUAAGUCUAGUCGAUUUGGCAGGCAGUGAAAGAGCCAAUAGUACAGGCGCUACUGGCGCGAGACUGAAAGAAGGAGCCAAUAUCAAUCGGUCUUUAACUACUUUGGGUAAGGUUAUAGCAGGUUUAGCCGAACAAUCAAGUCAGGAAGGUAAAAGAGGGAGGAAAAAGGAAGUAUUUAUUCCUUAUCGUGAUUCGGUCUUGACGUGGCUUUUGAAGGACUCACUAGGUGGCAAUUCCAAGACUGCAAUGAUAGCAGCGAUUUCUCAAGCCGAUUACGACGAAACGCUCAGUACAUUGAGAUAUGCAGACCAAGCAAAACGAAUUAAGAAUAAACCAAUUGUAAACGAAGAUCCCAAUGCUAAGCUGAUAAGAGAUUUGAAAGAUGAGUUGGAAUUGUUACGUGAGAAGUUACGAACAUAUGCUCCCGAGGAAGUGGAGCAAUUAACUGCUGCCAGCGCGUAUAAAUCGGCAAAUGGAAACUCAAACAGCGCCAUUAAUGCAAUGCAAAAACAAACCACUUUAAUAAACAAAAAAAAGCCAUUAGCAGAGAUUGAAAUUGUAGAUAGUACUGGCAAAACAAGGAAGAUGACCAAAGAUGAGAUUAUUGAACAGCUACAGACAUCCGAAAAAUUAUUAGCUAAUUUGAAUGAGAGCUGGGAAGAGAAGCUGAAAAAAACCGAGGAAAUUCAUCUGGAGAGAGAGAAAUCACUAAAAGAACUGGGCAUCACAAUAGAGAAGAACGAAAUGGGUGUCUACACUCCAAAAACGAUUCCAUUUAUAGUCAAUCUUAAUGAAGACCCACUCAUGUCGGAAUGCCUCAUGUAUCAAAUCAAAUCAGGAACAACUUGCUUGGGAAGGCAGGAUAGUGAUAUACCCGCCGACAUCCGGCUCAGUGGACCUAACAUUCAAGAUAACCAUUGUAUUUUUGAGAACAAAAAUGGUUCUGUUACGUUAAUUCCUGGCAAAGAUUCACUUACAAUGGUAAAUGGCAUGAGGAUAACAAAACCCAGACAGCUUAAGAGUGGAUAUCGCAUUAUUUUAGGUUAUUAUCAUAUAUUUCGUUUCAAUAACCCUGAAGAAGUACGAAAGGAACGUGAUUUACAGAAGCUUGCAAUUGAGAAUAACCUGAAUGGUCAAAGUCUGCAAUCAGAAUCUUUGGAUGAUGCAUCAAGACCGAAUUCUCCUUCGGCUGACAGUAUUAACGGAACGGAAGUUAUUGAUUGGAACUUUGCCCGAAGAGAAGCAGUUUUGAAUUAUUACGCUACGGAAUCAAAUUUUGGAGACUUGAAAGACGAGGAAUUGGAAAAACUUUACGAUGACAUUACGAAAAUUAGAAACUCUAGACGUACACGUUCGGAAAGCCGAACAGAAAAUGAUGAUGACGAUUCGUACACAACAAGGGAUUCCUUUAGAAAUUCAUCCACAGCAAUUAUGUUGGAGGACGGUGUAGAAAGUAUAUGCACUGAUUUAUCAAUUGCUCAAUCAGAUAUACUGGAAGAGAGAAUAAAGCAGGAAAAGGAACGCAUGCGAAAAGAACUUGACAAUCAGAAACGUAUCUAUGAAGCGAAAAUGAAUCGGAUGUCUAGACAAUUUUCUCAACAACAAAUGCAAACAAAUCAAAAUUUAUCUGUUUAUACUAAGGAACAAAUAGAACUUAUCCAAAAAGUGAUACAGCAAUGGAGAAAGCAAAGAACAGUAGAUAUGGCUGAGAUAAUAUUAACCAAUGCCAUCAUGUUGAAAGAAGCUAACAUUAUUUCUCGAGAAUUGAAUAAGGAAGUACUUUAUCAGUUCACUGUUAUAGAAGAUGAGCCUUUCUCCAACCCACGAUCAUUUUUGGAAACAACGUCUGCUUUGCAUCAGUUUGAAACAGAUGAGGAUACUGCACUAAUCUCUACACCGAAACCUUGUAUCGGUGUGAGAGUGAUUGACAGAAAAAAUCAAGUAAUCUAUGUAUGGUCAUUAGAGAAACUGAAACAGCGACUCCAUAAGAUGCGAAAUCUGUAUAACGUUAUGGAUAAACCGUUGUAUAGAGAGCAUUUUAAUUUGGAAGAUCCAUUUUUUGAAAAUCCAUGUCCGAAAUACACCUUUGUGGGCGCAGCUACUGUACCUAUGUAUAAUCUAACUAGACAACAGUCUUAUGAAAGCUGUACUGAAAUCAUUUGUCGUAACACGGGCCAGAUCAAGGGGAAGUUACGGGUACUCAUUACAACUAUUGCCGUUACCAAUAAUUCAAGCUAUGGAAUGAACAAUCAUACACAGACAACCUAUUACGAUAAUGAAUCUAUCGAUAGCAUAGAGGAUGAUGAAGUUGAAAAAAUUAUCGAUAACGAUAAUGAUCAAACCAUACUAAAAAUUGGACAGAAUCUCUUAUUUGAGGUGAAUGUAAUUGAACUCAGUGGACUUAGCGAAGCAGAAUAUAAUGAUGUUCAUGUUCAAUACCGACUUUCCUCAUUUGGAGGUAUACCUCCAUAUUCUCCAGCAGAAAAAUUUUUUGUCACUGAACCUAUCAAUUAUUUUGAGCGUAACCCUGUUACUAUCAACUUCAAGCAAGCUAUAUCGAUUAAUAUUACUCCAAAUGUACUGAAUACUCUACAAAAUGGAAGUCUUUCCUUGGAAGUUUUCGGUCUCGCACUACCAACUGUUUUAGCGCAACAGCAAAACUGGGAUGAUCACAGAGAAAGGUCUUAUGUUGUAGAUUAUAUGCAUGAACAGCAUUUGCAGCAGCACCAGCAGCAGCAGCAAACUCCGUCCAUGAGUUCAUUAGAGCAUGCAUCUAGUGAUUCGACACACAGUAGUAGCGAUGCAACCUUAGCUUCAAUGGAACGUAGACCUGAGGAAGAACUCUUGGCAGCAGAACGACAUGAUGUGGUUGCUUGGAUAGAGAUCCUGGAGCUUUCUCCUUCUGGUGAAUACACACCUGUGAUAUUGACAGCAAAAAACCCUAUGGAUAAAGGUUAUUUUACGUUAAGGCAAGGUCUUCAGCGAAGAGUUCGUUUUACGAUGUCACAUACUUCAGGCCAUCAGCUUGAAUGGGUCCGUAUUAAAAAAGCAACUGUAGGUCGUGUAUGCUUAUUAGAUGGCAAAGGUCGAAUUUUGCAGUCUCCCGCUCAAGAGAAUAUUCCAGUCAAAUUAUUGCACAAGCAGCAUUUACAUUAUUACUCAGAUGGCACAAGCCAGUUGAUAGCAGAAGGGUCUUGGGAUAGCUCACAACACGAUUGCGUGUUUUUGAACAGAGUGACAGAAUCAAAUAGCCGCGUACUACUGAAUUUACGUUGGGAAGUAGAUGUUAAAAAAUGCGAAAAACCUAUCCUUUUCAAUAUGGAUAUCGCACUUCAAAUACAAGGACGCGCUCGCUCUAAUGGAAACGGUAGAUUUAGUAACUUUAAAAAGUUGCUUUACUCUUCUGGAAAGCAUUUAAGCAAAUAUAGCGCCGUUUUUCUUGUUCAUCUAAAACCACCCAUGACCAGACGACUAAGCCAACUGUGGCGAUUAAAUACAGCUUCAAAACACAUUCAUGGUGAGGAGUUGUUGGGUUCUUGGAAACCACGAGGUAUUUCAUUAGUGAAUGAUCAUAGACGUAUACAAGGCAUGAUCAAAAGGAAAUAUCAAGUUGCUUUCACGAAACAAAUCUUAGAAAUUAGAGGAUUCAAUAGUGAUAGAUCAACAACAGUUUCACGGACUAUUGAGAGAAACGAAGCUCUAUUAAAGCGUGUACUAGAUUUAUGGCAGCUGAAGAUUGGAACUGAAAAGGAAAUUGUCAUCAGUCAAGAGCCACCGCUUACACCUGAAAGUCAAAUACAUCUAAACCGAGGGCCACAAUUCUCGUCCAAACUGGUUGCUGAAGUAGAGAAUGUUUCCCAACCAGUGAGCAUUUCAAAACGAGGUUAUUUGCUCUAUCAACAGGAUGCAGCGAAAGACUUAUGGGUAAAACGAUGGUUCGUUAUUCGUCGACCCUACAUCUAUACCUACAUGGAUGAUUCUGAAACAGAUGAACGGGGAAUCAUUAACAUCACUUCCGUUCGCAUUGACUAUAACGAAGCACUUGAAGAGAUGAUCCAGCGUACCAAUGUGUUUGCCCUUUAUACCAAUAAUAACGCUUAUACCUUUCAAUCAAGUACCCGACAAGAUAUGAUUAGUUGGAUACAAUUGAUUGACCAGAAAUUCCCUGUCGAAAGUCUGAAAAUUCAAGACUAA